AUGGACUACGACCUGAAGAUUUUGUUUAUUGGAAGAGACACCAAAUUCAAGACUCUUUACGGCCUCACUGGAAAAGACCAUUCCAGGCUUUUGGCUCAGAGGAAUGACUGUUGCCAUAAUAUAAAGGAAAAUGUGUUGAAUGACAGAAUAGCCUACAGGGACAUGACAAUAGCAAUUAUCUUCUUGGCACAGACUAUAGUUGGAAUUCUGGGCAAUUUCUCUCUUCUUUACCAUUAUCUCUUCCUUUACCACACGGGAUGCAGGUUGAAGGCCACAGAUUUGAUUCUCAAGCACCUGACUAUAUCCAACACUUUGAUCAUUCUCUCUAAAGGAGUCUCUCAGACAAUGGAAGAUUUUGGGCUGAAAUAUUUUGUCAAUGAUUUUGGAUGCGAUCUUCUUUUGUAUGUUGACAGAGUUGGCAGGACUGUUUCCAUUGGCACCACAUGCCUCUUGAGUGUGUUCCAGACCAUCAUGAUCAGCCCCAUGAAUUCCUAUUGCAAGGAUCUUAAAGUCAAAGUCCCAAGGUACAUUGGCUUAUCAAUUUCCCUCUGCUGGAUCCUGUUCAUGUUUGUAAAUUUAACUUUCCCUAUGUAUGCACUGUAUGUGUCUAACAAAUGGAGCAUGAAAAAUAUGACAAAGAAAAGAGAUUUUGGAUACUGUUUUGCUAUAGAUCCUGAGAUAACCACAGGUUCAAUAUAUGUAGCAUUAAUAGUAUUUCCUGAAGUUUCAUUUUCUGUGAUCAUAAUUUGGGCCAGUGGUUCCAUGAUUUUUACCCUGUACAGGCACAAGCAGCGGGUCCAACACAUUCACAGGAAAAACAUUUCCCACAGAUCCUCCCCUGAGUCUAGAGCCACCCAAAGCAUCCUUAUUCUCCUGAUCACCUUUGUAUCUUUUCAAACCCUCUCCUCCAUCUUUAACCUUUGUAUUUCUCUAAUUUAUAAGCCUAAUAGGUGGCUGGUGAAAACUGCUUCCCUAAUAUCUGGGUGUUUUCCAACUGUGAGCCCCUUUCUGCUCAUGAGCCGUGACUGUACUGUAUCCAGCCUCUUCUCUGCGUGGAUAAGGAAAACAAAAUUUCCUAGUCUUACUGGAAAAAUGUAA